GGGAGCUGUAGUCGCGCUGCCGCGGAAGCACCGGCGGCGCCGCCGCCUGCACCGCCGGGCGGAGCGGCCAGGCCGGGCUGGGCCGGGCGGAGCCCUCCUCGGGCGGCUGUGCCGGCGGGGCGGAGGGUCUGGCACCGCCGCUGUCCUUUGCUCUCUGGCGCCGGACGAAUGGAGGCUCAGUGGCGUCAGGGCGGCCGGGGCCGCGGCCGCGGCAGGCCCGGGGACGAGCUCGCCGCUCGCUCUGGGGCGGCCGCCCGGCCCCCGGCCGCUCGGGGCCGCGGCGGUGCCCGCGCUGCGGCACCGCGGACCAUCGGCGACGGUGCCAGCGAAUUAUCUUCAUUGAAGAAAUUUGAUGAAAUUAAGAAGGCUAAUCAGGCUGCAGCAAAAAAGCUAGUUGAAGACCAGUUAAGCUCCUCGUCUGAAGAUGAUGAUGAAGAUGCUGAAGUAAAGCAAGGGAAGAUUUUGGACAAAACAUUUACCAUUUACACCAGUCAAACUGAUGGAGAUGCAAGUGAACUGGAACGUACGAGACAGUACAUGAAUGAGGCUUUUCAGUCAGGGGCCAUGACAUGUCUCAUCUGCAUUGCUUCAGUUAAAAGGAACCAAGCUGUCUGGAGCUGUUGUGGAUGCUUUUGUAUCUUUCAUCUGGUAUGUAUCCAAAAGUGGGCCAAGGACAGCCUCUUCCUUGUAUCUUCUCCUUUGACUGAUGACGAUUUUGGGAAGAAGGAUUAUCCCUGGCCAUGUCCAAAAUGUAGGUUUGAAUACAAACGCUCCGAAACUCCCAGUAGGUAUUACUGUUACUGUGGAAAAGUGGAGAAUCCACCAGUGGACCCAUGGCUGGUACCUCACUCCUGUGGUCAGAUAUGUGAGAGGGAAUUCAAACCUCCCUGUGGUCAUAAAUGUUUGCUGCUUUGUCAUCCAGGACCGUGCCCACCUUGCCCGAAGAUGGUCACAACCACGUGUCACUGUAAGAAGGCCCAGCCAGUGCCCCGCAGGUGCAGUGCCAAGGCGUGGUCUUGCUGCCUGCCGUGUGGACGAACGUUGCUGUGUGGACAACACGCUUGUGAGAAUCCCUGUCAUGCAGGAGAUUGUCAGCCCUGUCCACGUGUCAGCAAACAACAGUGUAUCUGUGGGAGACAGACAGUGGAGAGACUUUGUGCAAGCCCUCAGUGGCAGUGUGAUCAGGUGUGUGGGAAAUGUUUGCCAUGUGGCAAUCACACAUGUGAACAAGUUUGUCAUGCUGGUCCCUGUGGAAACUGUCCUCGUUCUGGGAAAAGAUCUUGUCCAUGUGGAAAAACAAAGUUUACGUUGCCUUGUACAGAAGAUGUGCCCACCUGUGGUGAUAGUUGUGACAAGGUUCUUGAAUGUGGCAUCCAUAAAUGUUCGCAGCGCUGUCAUCGGGGCCCCUGUGAAAUAUGCAGGCAGGAGGUUGAGAAGCAGUGUCGCUGUGGGAAGCACACCAAGCGCAUGCCGUGCCAUAAGCCAUACCUGUGUGAGACCAAGUGUACUAAAAUCCGUGAUUGCCAGAAGCACCAGUGCCGGAGGAAGUGCUGUUCUGGAAACUGUCCACCUUGUGAUCAAGUCUGUGGGCGGACUCUCGGCUGCAGAAAUCACAAAUGUCCUUCAGGCUGCCACCGAGGUAGUUGUAAUCCAUGUCCGGAGACUGUAGAUGUGAAAUGCAAUUGUGGAAAAACUGUCAUUAAAGUGCCCUGUGGCAGAGAGCGUACCAUCAAACCUCCCAAAUGCAAGCAGCUGUGCAGUCGGCCACCUACCUGUCACCAUUCUACCCAGGAAAAACACUAUUGUCACUUUGGGCGCUGCCCUCCCUGUCGUCAGCCCUGCCAGAAAACCUUAAUGUGUGGCCAUUUGUGCCCUGUUUCCUGCCACGAUGAAGCACUUGUGAAGCAAACUGGCUCACAUCAGUCUGCAGGGCCUUGGGAGCAGCCGUCUGAGCCUGCCUUCAUUCAGACUGCACUACCGUGCCCUCCCUGUGAGGUUCCUAUACCAGUGGAGUGUCUUGGACAGCAUGAGGUUAGUCCGUUGCCAUGUCACUCUGCAAAUCCCUACUCAUGUAAAAGGUCUUGUGGGCGGCUUCUUGAUUGUCAGAAUCAUACCUGUAUGAAAGAAUGUCAUCAUGUUACUAAAUUGAACAGUAGUGCAGAUGGAAAGAAGGUGGGUCCAGAAUGUUCACAGUGUGAAGAGGAGUGCACCAAGCCUCGGCCAACUGGCUGUCCUCACCGAUGUGUUUUGCCCUGUCAUCCUGGAGACUGCCCAUCAUGUCUCCAGAUGCUUAAAAUAAAGUGUCACUGCAAACUAUCAGUACUGUAUAUUGAAUGCUUAAAACUAACAUCUGCUGAUUUAAAAGAAAAGGAGCUUCUUAUUUCCUGCAGAAAUCAGUGUCCAAAAGAGUUGCCCUGUGGUCACCGGUGUAAGGAGAUUUGCCAUUCAGGUAGCUGUCCUCUGAACUGCAGCCAGAAGGUGAAACUCCGCUGUCUCUGUAAGAGACUGAAAAAGGAAGUACAGUGCAGCAAGAUAAAAGAAGGCCAAGUUUCACUGGAAUGUGAUGCAUUAUGCAAGGAAAUGAAGCGGAAAGCACAUGAGAUAAAAGAAGCAGAAGCCAAAGCUGCUCUGGAAGAGGAGAAGCGAAGACAACAGGCUGAACUGGAGGCUUUUGAAAACAGAUUAAAAGGGCGAAGAAAGAAUAAGAGAAGAAAGGAUGAGGUAGAAGUUGAACAAUCAUCAUGGCAAAAGUACAAGAACCUCAUUAUGCUGCCGGUGUUCGGAGUUGCUGUUGUGAUGGUUGCAUGGCUCAUGGUCUACAAUGACUGAAAACAACUCAAUAUUUAAUAUACCUCAGUUGGACUUUAGGUAGCUAUUAUUCUUAGAAUGUUAGUUUGUGUGUAACAGAACUUAAUAAGCAUAGAUUAUGUAUGUAUAUUAUUUGCUAAAAAAAAUGCAGAGGAGGUAAGAAAUGUCACCUUUUGUGUUAUUACAUACACAGCACAAAACUGAACUCGGACACUGAAAGUAAUAGUAGUUUCUAGUAGAUACUGAAGUGCUGAUAGUUUGACUGAGAAUUGUUAACACCUCUUCUAUUGAUAAUGUUAUUUUUCCUUGUCUCCAUUUCAUAAUGUUACGAUUAGCUUAGUAUAAGAUGCUUUAUAUGUUUCCUGUAAAAUCAGCUUAGUGAUUUAUUGAAGGUUAGUGUUCUUAUGCUAAUCUUUAUGUUGUAUCACACAAUAAUUUCUGUGCUUCAUGCCAGUUUUAAUUAUGACAACUAACAGGGAACCUUGGGUCAUUUAGGCUUGAAUAUUCUGAGGCCUUGUUCAGAGCUUUGUUCAGAUAAAGGAAAUGUGAACUGUCUUUCAAUUCAGCUAUCACAAAUAAAACUGUGGGCUCCCCCCUUAUAAA